AUGGAGAAUUUGCUUCGAGUUGUUCCGGAGAUUGAGUGGUGCAACAAGAGUGAGGUAGGCGUCUGCCAGCGCCCAGGAUGCGGGCGUAGUUUCGGUCUGCUCAGUAAGCCUGCAAACUGCCAUGCGUGUGGCAGUGUGAUGUGCUCGCACUGCCUCGAGCGGAACCUGACUUUGCCAGGAAAACCCGGCUCCGCACCAGUGCCGCUUUGCCACGCCUGCGCCAUCUGCGUCUCCAAGGUUCAGGCAGAGGCGGAGAUCGCCUAUCAGCAGCGGGGAGAAAUGCUGCAGAGGCUGAAUGAGCAGCAAGUGGAGUUGGAGAGGCUUUUGACUGUUUCUUCCUCGUUACGCGAGGAGAACCAACGGUUGGUGGAGCUGACGGAGGCACUUGGUGCAGAGGUUGGCCGGCUGAAGCUGAAUAGCAGCGUAGAGGAAGCACCCUUAUCUGCCUCGCCGACGCAGGAGCAGCUAACAAAGUCACCUCUGCAGGCAGACGUGAGGUCGCCCAGCGGGAGAAACAUCGGCACGGUCGAUGACAACAGCAAUGAGGAUCGUCUCACCGCUGCCAACACGAAUGGUGGGCGGACUUUAACGGCGGAGGAAGCGGCGCUAGCGGAGGAGAUGCGGGCAAGGCAAAAUGUGUGGUCCAGACGAGAGGUGGCCCUGCGGGAAGCGACGAAGAAAGUCACAAGCGACGCAGCGCAGCUUGCAGCACUGCGGACGCAGCUGCGGAAAGAAGAGAGAGGGCUCCGGGCCGAAUUUACGCAGAAGUUUCAGGUCAUUGUCGAGGACGAGCUCCUGCGGUUGCAGCGUGUUUACAUGGGGGGGUUGACAGAUUUGGGCGAACAGUUUGAGGCGUGGCGGCGCGCCGCCGAUGAUGUGUUAAAAACCGUGAAGUUGCAACACGAGCACAGUCACGGCAACGUGGCGUUGCCGGCGGCGUUGUGUUCAGAAAAGGCGCAGGUGGAGGAAGCCCUGACGAAGGCCCGUGCGUUGCACAUGGAAGACAUGCUCAAGGCAAAGAAACAGUUUGACAAUGGCGCAUUAGUGCUUGAAAGCGCGUUGGGUGUCGCGCGGCGUGAAGUUGCGGCGGAGAAGAGGCAACGUGAGGCGACACAGCGCACCGUGGACGAGCUUACGUUAACACUGUGGGGGCAGCAGCAGCGGCACGAGGUGGAUUGCGCGGAAUGGUGUGAGAGGCUGGCAAUCGUGGACGCAUUUCACGGGUUGUGGCGGCAGCUGCAGUCGUCCCCAUCGUCGGUGGCGACGCGGCAGGGUGAGUUGACGGAUCACACCGCUGCUGCAAUACGCGCCAUAUUGUCUGAGUGGCGGUGGGUGGCAAAGUCUUUGCUCAGUCAGCACGGUGCCUCCCUUUCGGCCAUCACACUGGUCGCGGCUGCGGCUUGCAGCCCCGCGGAGUUCCCGUCACCGUCGCCGCCAACGCAGCCAAGGACGGCGGCGACGGCAUCUGCUGCGAGCGACACCAGCGAGCAUGCGGAGGAACCUGCCAAAUUCUGCCGUGAGUUGAGUAGCCCCCAGCGUCUCUCGAAGGGUUUUGAGGAGCAGCCAAACGAGGACGCCGUGGAGGUCGUCUUCCUCAAACGCAUGCUGGCGCUCAAGACGGAGGAAUUGCAGCAACUGCGUGCGAAAUUGUCGCGGACGGAAAAAGCACUCGUGGUGGCAAGCAGGGUCGAGAGACAUGUCUCGCAACAACUUCAGCAGCAGCGCCAACGAGAACAAAAAGAAAGGCUACCUGCCGCUCAGGACAACAGCAGCACCUCCGCCUUUCGGUUCGUCACUGACAUGAUGCAUCACGGUAGCCUGUACGUGGACGGCUGCAUUGGUAUCCUGAGCGAUGCGCUUCUCAGGCUGUACGACGUGGGGGUGCAGGAAAUGCAGGAGUUGGCGAGGCGAGGCGACCUCACACGACGCAGCAUGGUGGCCCUCGAAGAGACGACAGCGAGCAUAAAGGCCUUCCCGGAGGAUUUAAAGCGACGUGAGGCGGCAGUUGCGCGGACGGAGUGGGCGCUGCAGGCACGGGAGCAAGAAAGUCAGCUCCGCCUGAGUCGCCUAGUAAAGGUUUCAGUGGCGCUUCGGACGGUGGCAGAACGUCUGCGUGCUGCCUCUACAAGUGAGGAGGCAAGCCGUCACCGGAACGGCUGCUCGUUGUAG